GGCGCGUCCGUUUGACGAUGAACGGUCAAGAUCUACUAACUGCGAGUCCUAAACCUCGGAGGCACUUCGGUUCGCUAGAGCCAGCGACAACGCCAUGGCCGCAGCCGCCGCCUCCGCUCCCGGCGACCACGCGCACCGGCGGCAAUGGCGGUACACGUGGGAAGCCCUAGCCCAUCUCCCCCUCCUCCGCCUCUACCUUUUCCCCCGCCCCAGCCUCUCCGCCACCCCCUCCGGCCUCCGCCUCGACCUCCGCCUCGACUCCUCCCUCCUCCUCCUCUCCUUCUCGCUCGCCGGGGACGCCGUCGCCCUCAGGGUCCCCGUCCCGAAGGUGCUCGUAGACCCCUCCGCCCCUCCCGAGUGUCGCGCAGCUGGCGACCACGUCGAAGUCCGCCUCGCCCUCGUUCUCCCCGUCGAUCACCCCGUCGUCGCCGCCGCCUUCCCCCCGCCCCCCGGCACGGAGCCGCCAGCUCCUCUAGUGCUGCGCGAUGAUUUAAAGAGUCUAUCUGCUGCAGAUGUUCACUUGUAUUGCAAAAAUUGUUCAGCAAGACUGACAAAACAACCACUAAGGAACAUUAUGGAAAUGCCAUCUUUGAAUUGGGAAGAUGUGGCUGACAAUUGGUUCGGUGGAUGUUGCACCUCAUUUGGUGGUGCAAGCGAGAAGUUAGUAUCACAGUAUAUUAAUGCAUAUGGUCGUUUAGAGGGAACAAGUCUACUAGAUGCGACCUCCAUUAGUAUAAAAACGGACUACCUUGAGAAGGAUUCAGUGACUCAGGUAGCUUGUUCAAUGCUUAGUAGUGAUUUUGUUGCUCUAGAAGAAGCUAUAACUGAUGUUAGCAUAGGAAAUGAUCAUGCCCCUGGGAAGAUAAAAUUGAAUAAUUCAGAAGAGCAGGAAAAGACCGCUUCUAUUCAUGCGCAACCUCCAGUUGUUUUGGAAGAGGAGCCUUAUGUCAGUAAUAGUGAAACAAAUGGAAUCACUCUUCGGACUGAUCAAUCUGGCACUAUUCCUCUGGAAAAUGAUGUUUAUGUGAACUCUGACAAGUCUAAAAAUGGCUGUUGUGUUGAGAACAUGGAGAAAUCUAACGAAGAGACUGAUUUGUUGCUGGUAGAUCCAUGCCACUUCUGUUGUGACAGUGAAUACAGUGGGAAAGCUGAAGAUAACCCUUCACUAUUGUCCUUGGGGAGCCAGAACAAGCAGACUGUGUUGGAGACCAAAAGAGAUUACAAAUUAACAAAAAACAUUUCUCUCGGUAGUAGCUUCAUCAUUAAAGCAUCUAACCUUUUGAAUGAUUUUGAGUGGGUUGAACUUCUUUGUGCUCGAUGCUCAUCACCCCUUGGGUCAUACCCUUCUCAAUGUUCGCGUGUUCCUGCUGAUGGCCGAGUACGACUCUUUAAGUGCUACACAUCGACAGAACUUCCUGCUGCGGGACCUCAUGAUGUGUUCAGGGAGCAUACACUAGAAAGACUUUUUGUUAAUUUGUUGCUCGAAAUUGCAGAGGAUGAAAUAUCUUUUCGUACAGUAGUCCGAGAUUUGAAAACCAAGAGGCCCAUCCUGCAAAUAGUUCUUCUUAGUUCAAAAGCAUGGCUAUUUUCUGGUUGCUGCUAUGAAAAUGAUAUGGAUGGUUCACAUGGAACAGCAGAUCUGAAACCUAGUGCUAAACUCUUGUAUUCUGAUUGCAGCAGUGCUUCAGAAUUGGACAUAAGGAUAGUAGAAGAAUGGUCAUCCAAAUAUCGGGCUGAAGAGUUGUACAUGAUGAAGCGUCAAAUAGAUGAACUUAUUGAAUGCCUAAACUCAGCUUUGGACAACUUUCCACUCUCUUGUUCUUCCCUUGAAGGGAUGUUCCUCUCAUCCCUGGAGCGCUGACUUGAGUACACGAUAAGCAUAGUCUGAGUCAUCAUGCUCCAGCUGAUCACAUUUUCAUAUCCACUGGGACUCCAAUAUUAAUUUUUUUUUUCAAUCGGCGUACCUGAUCAUCCUUAGUCUCUACUAAUCUGUGAGCACGCUCCUUGAUCAUCUCUUUAGUAAAUUGACAGAUGUCUGGGCUUGUCUUCUGCUGUCAAAACACUUGCAAGAUGUCAGGGCUUGUCCACUUGUAUUCUGUACUUAUGGUUUGGUACGUCUAUAUUUUCUCAGCAACAGCUAAUUUCGGUUCUUGGAACGGAAUGAUUAUAUUUGGUGACCUUUUAGGACUCAGUUAAAGUUUGAACUAAAUUCUAGAGAUUUGUAGCGAAAUCCACCCUAUCUAAAAAGGCCCUGAUGGUAGUGAACAAUCUUGUAUGUAAAGCAGCCAAGUCUUGAACGUGCAGUGUUGGCCUAAGCUCCUGUAAGCCUGCUGGUGUCUGCAAGCCAGAAACAACCAUCUCAUUCUGCUUAGAUGAAAAUCGUGGUUUUUAUCUAUGGGUAAUUCCACUUGCAAGAAUCUUAGCUCCAGGACAUCAAUGAUUAUCUUAUAUGAUCAGCAACGUACUGGAUCAACUUAGAAGCACAGAAGGAAAUAUGAUUAUAUUGGUAUAUAGUUAAAGGAGACAGGUACCUGGUCGAGCCUUGCUCCUGCACUGGUACAACCGUACUAGUGUUCGACCACCACUGUGCUUGUGAUGGGAGAGGAGAACUAGCCUGUCCUUGUGUAACAUAACAUUAGUCCCUUUGGAAAAACCUGUGAUACACAUGCAUGACUGACUAACGAUGAAUGCGUGCAUACCAGUCUUUAACA